UCCAUUGCACUCUCUGUUGUAAUGACCCGUUUUGAGCGACUGUGACGGCUUAUGUAAUUCCUCUUGACUGUGCAUUAGUUCCAUUCGAGAGCAUUAGAUUUGGUGAGUGGAUUCGAAGGUAUUGUUUCUUCCAUCGAUCAAGUUCAAGUUCAACUUUUCUGAAUUUGGUGCAAACUUGUGUUCCGAAUCCCCAAAAACUCUCAUCCAUAUAUCUGUCUUAAGUAACAAGAAGAAAAUUCCAUUGCCCAUGGCGUCUGUAAAAGAGAUCCUAACUCGCAAGCCGGUGUCUGCUACAAUACGGCUAACUGUUCCUGCUGGUGCUGCUCGACCAGGCCCACCUGUUGGACCUGCCCUGGGUCAGUAUCGUCUUAACCUAAUGACCUUCUGCAAGGACUUCAAUGCUCGAACUCAGAAGUACAAACCUGACACUCCAAUGGGAGUUACCAUAACUGCUUUCAAAGAUAACACCUUUGAAUUCACAGUUAAGUCCCCUUCCGUCACUUGGUACCUCAAAAAGGCAGCUGGAAUCGAAUUUGGAAGCAGUCGCCCUGGCCAUGUUGUUGCAUCGGUUUUAACUCCGCAGCACAUACAUGAAAUAGCUAAGAUAAAACAGUCUGAUCCUUAUUGUCAGUACAUGUCAUUGGAGGCAAUCUGCAAAUCAAUCAUUGGAACUGCUAAUACUAUGGGCAUUAAGGUUCAAAAGGAAUUAGAUUGAUUCAAGAAUCUGAGUGUUUUCAUUGUGUUGAACACAUGAGAGUUUGCCUUUAAAGGUAUCCUCCCAUUCAUCCU